AAAACUUAAUCCACAAAACUUAAACAUACUAAUCAGUCGCCGACCGCAAAAGCAACGGCUAGGCCGACAUAUUCCAUACCGAUUUCUUCUUCUCUACAACUCUGAUCGGCUCACCGGAGAUUCGACGGUGUAGUUGGGAUUGGGAGAACCGCGAGAAUGGAUCGAGCGGCGAUCACGGUUGGGGCAGGCAUGGACAUGCCGAUCAUGCACGACAGCGACCGCUUCGACUUCGUCAGAGAUAUCGGCUCCGGCAACUUCGGCGUCGCUAGGCUCAUGAGGGACAAGCAGACCAAGGACCUCGUCGCCGUCAAGUACAUCGAGCGAGGCGAUAAGAUAGAUGAAAAUGUCCAAAGGGAAAUCAUAAAUCAUAGGUCUUUGAGACACCCAAACAUUGUCCGGUUUAAAGAGGUCAUAUUGACACAAACCCAUCUAGCUAUUGUGAUGGAGUAUGCAGCCGGAGGAGAGCUUUUUGAACGAAUUCGCAAUGCAGGGCGCUUUAGUGAGGAUGAGGCUCGCUUCUUUUUUCAACAACUAAUAUCUGGAGUUAGCUAUUGUCACACAAUGCAAGUGUGUCACCGGGAUUUGAAGUUGGAAAACACUUUAUUGGAUGGCAGUCCCGCUCCUCGUUUGAAGAUCUGUGACUUUGGGUACUCCAAGUCUUCUGUUUUGCAUUCACAACCAAAAUCAACGGUGGGAACUCCUGCAUACAUUGCUCCAGAAGUGUUACUUAGGCAGGAAUAUGAUGGCAAGGAUCGGAUGUCUAAGCAGCAGAUUGGGGUCGGCCGUAGAGUUGGAGACCUCUAUAUGAUGGAAAGCUUGCAUCUGCCGAUGAUUGCAGAUGUUUGGUCCUGCGGUGUGACAUUGUAUGUGAUGCUAGUUGGUUCAUGUCCUUUUGAGGACCCUGAUGAACCAAAAGACUUCCGGAAGACAAUACAAAGAAUUCUUCAAGUCCAGUAUUCUAUUCCAGAUAAUAUCCAAAUAUCUCGCGAAUGUCGGCACCUAAUCUCGAGGAUCUUUGUUGAAGACCCCACAAAGAGGAUCACCAUUCCUGAGAUAAGGAACCACGAGUGGUUUCUAAAGAACCUCCCUGCAGACCUCAUGGACGAAAAGACGAUGAGCAACCAGUAUGAAGAGCCUGAUCAACCCAUGCAGAGCAUUGAUGCAAUCAUGCAAAUAAUUUCCGAGGCUACCAUACCGCCAGUUGGCCUUUACGAUCUAGACCUGGACAUGGAUGAUGACAUGGAAGAUUUGGACUCAGAUCCUGAUCUUGAUAUCGACAGCAGUGGAGAGGUCAUCUAUGCAGUCUGAUUACAAUUUCUUUCUGGAGCUUCAGAAAUCAGUUUCCUCAGCUAUGAGUGAACAUUCUGGUCUCUCGGGUUUGUAAUGAAAGUUGAGCUUUACAAUGCAUGAUAGAAUAUCUCAUAGACAUCCUAGUGACCACGGUAUGAGAUCUAGUCAGUCACUUGUUAAAGGUAUCUGCAUAAUCUGCAUAAUAUAUUGUGCUUUUGUAGGGAAGAAAGUUGAGUUUUAUCCCUUUGCUAGUAGAAUAUAUACAACCCGUUACUUUCGUCGAAGUCAUUUUUUAUUUUAUUUUAUUGUGUUUUUUGUU